AUGGCGCGCGUCUACGCUGAUGUCAAUAAGCACAUGCCACGGUCCUACUGGGACUACGACAGCGUGAAUAUCUCCUGGGGCGUUCUUGAGAACUACGAGGUGGUCCGUAAAAUCGGCCGCGGAAAAUACUCGGAAGUAUUUGAAGGCAUUAAUGUUGUGAACUACCAGAAAUGUGUUAUCAAGGUCCUUAAACCCGUCAAGAAGAAGAAGAUCAAGCGUGAGAUCAAGAUCCUCCAGAACCUGGCAGGUGGGCCAAACGUGGUAGCCUUGCUCGAUGUUGUCCGCGAUAAUCAAAGCAAGACGCCUAGUCUGGUCUUUGAAUACGUUAACAAUACCGAUUUCCGGACGCUUUACCCGCGUUUCUCGGACUAUGAUGUUCGUUUCUAUGUCUAUGAGCUUUUGAAGGCUCUGGAUUUCUGCCACAGCAAAGGAAUCAUGCAUCGGGAUGUGAAGCCUCAUAACGUUAUGAUUGACCAUGAGAAGCGAAAGCUCCGCCUAAUUGACUGGGGUCUCGCCGAGUUCUACCACAAAGGAACGGAAUAUAACGUGCGAGUCGCGUCGCGGUACUUCAAAGGACCCGAAUUACUGGUCGAUUUCCAAGAAUAUGAUUACUCCUUGGAUAUGUGGUCGCUCGGCGCUAUGUUUGCUUCCAUGAUUUUCCGCAAGGAGCCAUUCUUUCAUGGAAACAGCAACUCCGAUCAACUGGUGAAGAUCGCCAAGGUCCUGGGGACCGAGGAAUUAUUUGAAUAUCUGGACAAAUAUGAGAUCGAGCUUGAUCCUCAGUAUGACGAAAUCCUCUCUCGCUUCCCCCGCAAGCCUUGGCAGUCGUUCGUCAACUCGGAGAACCAGCGCUUUAUCAGCGAAGAAGCGAUAGAUUUCUUGGACAAACUGUUACGUUAUGACCAUGCUGAACGCCUUACUGCCCAGGAAGCCAUGGCGCAUCCUUAUUUUGCACAGAUCCGGGCUGAGGAGACGGCUACCCGAAGCAACACGUCCUCAUGA